CCAAAACUCAAAUCUUUUUGAGAGGGCUUAGGGGGUGCGGAGCUGAUUGAUGUCUUUGGUAUCUGGAGCCAGGGACAUGGGGUUGGACGACAACAAGAACAACAACAACAACAACAAGGAAGGUGGAGAUGAUGAAAACACCUCCAGAACCGACGACGAGGCUGUUGGAUCUUUGGGAAGACAGAUGAGCGAAGCUUCUCUUUGUGCUACCGAGGAAGAAGAAGACGAGGAUUCCAAAUUACAAUUGGGUCCUCAGUACACUAUCAAAGAACAUCUCGAGAAGGAUAAGGAUGAUGAGAGUCUGAGGAAAUGGAAGGAACAGCUUCUUGGAAGUGUUGAUGUCACCAACAUUGGAGAGACUCUUGAUCCGGAAGUGAGGAUUCUUAGCCUUGCCAUCUUGUNGUACAUUAUGAACGGCUCUAAGUGGCCAAAUUAA